GGCUGUCUUCUUUCUUGUACUUUUAAGCUAAACUGACCGCGCGAAGCUUGCGUACGCUUCAAACCGCGCAGGAAUCUUCGAGAUAGCCUGAGCCUGCCGGCAGCGAUAGCGGCGGAAUUUGGACGAAAGUGAACUAUUCUGCCGUUAAAAAGGAACUGUAUUUUGUUGACAACUUGCCUACAAAUCUGUGCACGUACAUCUGCGAGAAACAAACCGAUUUAAGUGUGAGGAUAGUUUAUCUUCCAACUGGACACCUUCGUCUACCUUUGCGAUGUCUUCAGCGGCUUUCCACGUUGUGAAGCUUACCCGAGCACCAGGAAAUCGACUGCUUUGGAGUUUAGCUCGUCCGAUUCAGGCACGGCCCGUUAGUUCUGUAAUACCAUCAAAGCAACAACCUUUUGAGCGAGGCCACAUCAGAUAUUGUCCAUCCUCACAGAUUCUGCGUAGUGCAUUUAGCACCGCAGCCCCAAGGGAAAACAGCCCUGAGGAUGGCUAUCAUAAUAUUAUUGGUGACAGCGAAAAAGCCACGGGUCCUGAAGGCGAAAAACAUGAAUUUCAAGCUGAAACUCGAAUGCUGUUGGAUAUAGUUGCAAAAAGUCUAUAUUCCGACAAGGAUAUCUUUGUGCGCGAGCUUAUUUCCAACGCUUCGGACGCACUCGAGAAGUUCAGGUACCUUCGAUUGACGGAGCUAGCCGACGACAAAGUCGCUCAGGAGGCUCCCUUGGAGAUACACAUUGCCACCGAUAAACAUAGCCGAACGUUCACGAUACAGGAUACGGGUAUCGGCAUGACUCGAGAGGAGAUGAUCGAAUGUCUGGGAACAAUUGCGCGAUCCGGCUCUAAGCAAUUCCUCAAGGAGAACGCAGGGAAGGCCAACACAGAGUCGAUCAUUGGUCAGUUUGGUGUAGGGUUCUACUCAGCUUUCAUGGUGGCCGAUAAAGUUGAAGUGUUUUCGAAGAGUCGUCGCGGUAACAAAGCAUACAAAUGGACUAGCGAUGGCAGUGGCCAGUAUGAGAUUCAGAGCGCUGAAGGCGUACAGGAAGGCACAAAGAUCGUUUUGCAUCUUAAGGCCGACUCGAGAGAAUUUGCUGAUGAAGAUAAGAUUCGUGAAAUUAUUCGUAAGUUCAGCAACUUUGUAGGCAGUCCUAUUUACUGCAAUGGAAAAAAAGCUAACCAACUUCAGGCCGUGUGGCUUAUGGACCCCAAAGAGGUGACGAAAGAAAUGCACCGGGAAUUUUUCAGGUUUACCAGUGGAUCAAUGGACAGUCCACGAUUCACGCUGCAUUUUCGAACUGAUCUUCCGUUGCAGCUAAGCGUGCUUCUCUAUGUGCCUGACAGCAAACCUGGCCUCUUUGAAAUGAGUCGAGAUGCCGAGAGUGGCGUGGCCUUGUAUUCCAGAAAAGUGCUAAUUAAAGCACGCGCAGAAAUUCUCCCUAAAUGGCUCCGAUUUGUAAAGGGCUGCGUUGACUCGGAGGAUAUUCCUUUGAAUCUCUCCCGAGAACUUCUCCAGGACUCAGCCUUAAUUCGCAAGAUCCGCAGUCUGAUUACAACUCGACUUAUCCGACUUCUGCAAGACAACAUGAAAAAAAAUCCAGCCUCAUAUGAAGAAUUUUACGCCAGCUACCAAGUGUUUUUAAAGGAGGGUAUCCUUGCAUCAAACGAUCAGUCCGAAAAAGAGGACAUUUCUAAACUGCUACAAUUCGAAAGUUCGACGCUAGGGGCUGGCGAGAAGACCUCGCUAUCAGAUUAUAUCGGCCGUAUGAAAGAAGGUCAGGUGGACAUCUAUUAUCUAGCUGCGCCGAGUCGGCAACUUGCCGAAAACUCGCCAUAUUACGAGGCUGUAAAGAAGAAGGACGUCGAAGUUCUGUUUUGCUAUCAACCGUACGAUGAGCUUGUACUAGUUCAGUUACGCCACUUCAAGUCGAAAUCAGUUAUCUCGGUCGAGAAAGAAAUGCGACGUGAUGCAGAAGCCGAGCCUGUGAUAACUGAAAACAUGAAACAGCUAUCAGAUUGGCUAAAGUCUACGCUGGCCUCAAAAGUGCACAAGGUGAAGAUCACGGGUCGCCUGAGCGAACAUCCAUGUCUCAUAUCCGUAGAGGAGAUGGCUGCCGCGCGCCACUUUGUCAAGACGUCAUUAGCACAAUUUAGUGAAGAGGACCGAUACAAAUUGUUGGAGCCAACACUCGAGCUAAACCCGACUCAUCCGAUUAUCUCGAAGCUUGCCACACUGAAAAAUUCGAAUCCGGAUCUAGCCAAAAGCCUCGCCGAACAACUACUUAACAAUGCAAUGGUGUCUGCAGGUCUUGUGGAUGAUCCACGUACAGUGACGAUGGGCCUUAACGCCCUACUUGUCAAAUUGCUUGAGAAGCAUUGAAGUCCUUGGCUUUCAUUGAUAUUAAGAUGAUUUUGAAUAGAAAUAUAAGUUCAAUCACAUUAAGCCAUAGAUAUAUACAUGCAAUUGUACAAUACCGAUGACAAAUGAUGCUUGUAGAUGAGGCAACAUGAAUUAUUGAAGAUUCAUUAUUGUUAAAGACGGACGAGAAUAGAUAUCCAGUUUUAGCUAAAUUAAAUUUUGUAGUAUCAUUAUAAUGCGAAGUAAAUUGAUUUGUUCUGAACCCGGAGGUCUUUACGGAGAAAAAAACGUUAGCACAAAGAUGUAUCUGCUUUUAGUACUAGCCAUUAUGUCUCGCUGCUUCUUAAAACAUUGGUUCGCUGAACUUAAGAUCAUUCCUACUUUAAUAUGCCAGAUGAACGACUUCAAAAAGGAUAUGAUGAGUUUCUUGCGAAAUAGACUUUAAUAUAGAAUCCUAUGAUGGAGACUUUUCUGAGCCUGUAAAUACGUCUUAUUUGCUUGUCAAAAAAAUAAAUAAAUUCUUACAUGUA